UAUCAUCCUCCUCAAUCUCAUUCCCAUCCAACUCUCCAUCGUGAUGAUGACGACCUCCUCACGUGGCAGCCUCGUUCCUUUCCUCCUCCUCACGGCAUUCGCGAUGGCCGCUGUGAGCGAGAGUCGGAGAAGCUUUCAAGAAAUUGCGUCGCAGUCGGGUGCGGAUGCCAGUACUGGUACUCAAUGGGCUGUUCUAGUCGCUGGAUCCAACGGUUAUUACAAUUACCGUCACCAGGCUGAUGUUUGCCAUGCCUACCAAAUCCUUAAGGCAAAUGGGCUGAAAGAUGAGAACAUCAUCGUGUUCAUGUACGACGACAUCGCCGAGAAUGAGCAAAAUCCCACGAAGGGUAUCAUUAUCAACAAACCCAACGGCUCUGAUGUCUACCAUGGAGUUCCCAAGGAUUACACCGGUGAUGAGACCACAGCAGCCAACUUGUACGCAGUCCUUCUCGGGAACAAGACAGCCCUCAGUGGGGGCAGCGGCAAGGUUUUGAGCAGUGGCCCGAACGACCACGUCUUCUUCUAUUACACCGACCACGGGAGCCCAGGACUAGUGGCCAUGCCUGUGGGGGACUAUAUAUAUGCGAAUGACCUGAUGAACGUAUUGAAGCAAAUGUACAAGGCGAAGAAGUACAUGAACAUGGUGAUAUAUAUAGAGGCCUGUGAGGCAGGGAGCAUGCUACAAGGGCUACUCCCCAAGGAAAUGGGGAUCUUUGCGACCACAGCGUCCAAUGCCAAAGAGAGCAGCUAUGGCUACUACUGCCCUGGAGACGAUGAUUCCUCCGAGUAUGACACUUGUUUGGGGGAUCUCUAUAGCAUCGCUUGGAUGGAAGACAGUGAUGCCCAUGAUUUGGGGAAGGAAACAUUGCAGGAGCAAUACUUAGUGGUGAAGAAGAGGACCAAUCUGUCCCAUGUGAUGCAAUAUGGGAACACCGUUCUCAGCAAGGCCUUCCUCUCUACUUACAUGGGCCAAAGCUCUAAGAAAGUCUCCUCUGUUCCCUUAGACGAGCUCUCUUCUUCGAAUUCCCUGGCGGUUCCCCAACGGGAUGCUGAUUUGGUCUUUUUCCAACGUCAGGUGCAGAAAGCUCCAAAAGGGUCUUCUGAGAGUGCGGAAGCACAGAAGAGACUGGACGAACAAAUUGCUCGCCGAUCACAUGCUGACCGCAGCAUCAACCAAAUUGUCAACCAGCUGUUUGGUGAUUCCAGCGCUGCAAGCAUGUUGACCGAUGUUCGACCUGAAGACCAACCUGUUGUUGAUGACUGGGACUGCCUCAAGACAUUCGUGAGGACUUAUGAGCAAUAUUGUGGACGCCUGACCGAGUACGGAAUGCAAUACACAAGAGCCAUGGCAAACAUGUGCAACGCUGGAGUAGACAAGAACGGUAUGGAAGCAGCUUCUAUUCAAGCUUGUUCUGGAAAGGCAUAGUGAAAACGAUGAUCAAUGUCCCAAUAAUGCUUUUGUGUACAGUUUCUGCAAUACAUAUAUGGAGUAUAUGUUCUGCUUCUAAGAAAUUGGAAUAAAUUUACAUUGGCGAGCUCUCUAUGUAUAUCGUGAAUCAGUCGGCUUGUCAAAAUGUUCAAAGUUUGCUGGAAAGUAUGUCAGCAUCUUUUCAAAUGGCUAAUGAUAUGGUCAGCUUCUUUCUUUCUCGGCAA